GACGUAUCAAGGCAGGCUCUUCUUUGACAAUCGUUGUGUCAACUUACUUAAUUAAGAACCAACCGUUUCCUAUCAAAUAGAGCUUCCAAAAGAAUGGCCUUAGACAUUAUCUUCAAAACAGUUGCCCGGAAUUCUAUUUUAAAACCCUCCAUCCGUUUUACCAAUCCCAUAAAAAGGAAAAUCAGGAAAAGUAACAAUUCAUUUCGAAAUAUGAAACUUGACCUACAUCUAUCGAGCCCAACUAGGCUUUCUUUAUGUGAUCCACCGAAGAAAAAACCUGAAAAGGACUCGGACUCAAACUGUGGCGACGAUGAAUCUGGAGGGAGCGUUGGCAGUGGUGCUGAUAAUAAAUUCAAAAAACUUCAAGAGAGAUUUCAACGGGACGAUGGGAAACCAGUUUUUCUGAAAAUGGGAAUCAGAGAUCAAAUUUUGUAUCGGUUGACCGUGGGAUUGGCUCUGUUUGGGUUGGUAUCUAUUGGCAAGUUUUUAAUAUGUGAUAUGCAAUGAAGGGUAAAGUGGUGGUGGUAAAAUGUAUUGAAUUUUAAAUCAUUGUUGCAUUGCUUGAAUAAAUUUAUUAGAAAUAUAUUCUGUACAUCAGGA